AAAUCAAAGUAAAGUAUGACAGAUUCCUCGCAGCUCCCAAAGCAAAGCGCAUCUCUAGAUAUUGAUGACAGCCAAGGAGAUGAUGGCUCAACACAUAAUGACACUUUCCCCCUAUCUUCCUUGGCCAACCUGUUUGAGAAUGAGGAAGGGACAGUACCCGCUGAGGUGAAUCGAACUCCUCAAGUUCAUUCAGACGGCAAGCAAAACCUUAGGAUAAGGUUUCAAGGUGCUUUCAAAAAGGGCAUUUCUACUCCAAUGGACAUACUGGAGUCCACCAUCUAUGAGUCAUCCGUGGUACCAGCACCAAAGAAGGCACCUAUGGACUCUCUGUUUGAUUAUGGAACUUACCAUCAUCAUCCUACAGAAAACAGGCGCAGGCGAAAGAAGAUACUUGUAGAGAAGGACAAUCACACUUCCCAGAUUCCGAGCCCUGACCCUCCUCCUGUCAUCAGAAUGUUUAAUAGACACAUUCUCUUUGACAUUGUGUCAAGGGGCUCCACAUCAGAGCUGGAGGGAUUCCUGCCUUUCUUGUUGGCGCAAAAGAAGAGACUGACUGAUGAGGAAUUUCGAGAGCCAUCAACAGGGAAAACAUGUUUACCUAAAGCCCUGCUGAAUUUAAAUGGUGGGAAAAAUGACACAAUACCGAUGUUGGUGGAUAUUGCGGAGAAAACAGGGAAUCUCCGUGAAUUUCUCAACUCUCCUUUCCGCGAUGUUUAUUAUAGAGGACAGACCGCUCUACACAUUGCCAUAGAGAGACGCUGUAAGCAUUAUGUGGAGCUGCUGGUGGAGAAGGGAGCUGAUGUCCAUGCGCAGGCCAGAGGGCGUUUCUUUCAACCCAAAGAUGAAGGUGGAUACUUCUACUUUGGUGAACUCCCUCUAUCUCUCGCAGCUUGCACCAACCAACCUGACAUUGUGCACUACCUGACAGAGAAUGCUCACAAGAAAGCAGACAUACGUCGCCAGGACUCAAGGGGCAAUACUGUGUUGCAUGCGUUGGUUGCUAUUGCGGACAACACACGAGAAAAUACCAAAUUUGUUACCAAAAUGUAUGAUCUUCUGGUUAUCAAGUGUGCCAAACUGCAUGAAGGCAGUAGCCUGGAGACAAUAUUCAACAAUGAUGGUAUUUCUCCCCUUAUGAUGGCAGCAAAAAUUGGCAAAAUAGGGAUAUUUCAGCACAUUAUCCGGCUAGAGAUAAAAGAUGAAGAUGCCAGGCACUUGUCUCGUAAAUUCCGUGAUUGGGUGUACGGCCCAGUUUACUCAUCUCUGUAUGACCUAUCUUCCCUGGACACCUGUGGGGAAGUGGUCUCAGUGCUGGAAAUCCUAGUUUACAACAGUAAGGUUGAGAACCGCCAUGAAAUGUUGGCAGUUGAACCCAUCAAUGAAUUGCUGAGAGAUAAGUGGAGGAAAUUUGGCGCAGUCUCAUUCUACAUCAGUGUUAUCUCCUACCUCAUUGCCAUGAUCAUCUUCACCUUAACUGCGUACUACAGACCCAUGGAAGGCACACCACCCUACCCAUACAAGACAACGGUGGACUUCCUGAGACUGGCAGGAGAGCUAAUAACUCUGGUUACUGGAGUGUUCUUCUUUCUUUCCAAUAUGAAAGACCUAUUCUUGAAGAAGUGUCCUGGAGUGAAUUCAUUGUUUAUAGAUGGAUCUUUCCAACUGCUUUACUUUAUCUAUUCGGUACUGGUCAUCAUUACCGCUGCCCUGUAUUUAGCUGGUAUUGAAGCUUACCUGUCUGUAAUGGUGUUUGCCCUGGUUUUGGGGUGGAUGAAUGCAUUGUACUUCACCAGAGGUUUGAAACUCACAGGAACAUACAGCAUUAUGCUGCAGAAGAUCCUGUUUAAGGAUUUAUUCCGGUUUCUUUUGGUGUACCUCCUCUUUAUGAUUGGAUAUGCUUCAGCUCUGGUGUCCCUGCUGAAUCCCUGCUCUACAAAGGAGACCUGCGAUGACAGUGGGACAAACUGUACGAUGCCUGAAUAUCCAUCAUGUCGGGACAGCAGUACCUUUAGCAAAUUCCUUCUGGAUCUUUUCAAGCUGACCAUAGGGAUGGGGGACCUGGAGAUGGUCAACAGUGCCAAGUACCCAGUCGUCUUCAUCAUCCUGCUGGUUACAUACAUUAUCCUCACCUAUGUCCUCCUACUUAACAUGUUAAUCGCUUUAAUGGGGGAAACAGUUGGACAGGUGUCAAAGGAGAGCAAACAGAUCUGGAAGUUACAGUGGGCCACAACCAUCUUGGACAUAGAGAGGUCAUUUCCUGUGUUCAUAAGAAAAGCUUUUCGUUCAGGAGAGAUGGUAACAGUGGGAAAGAAUUCUGAUGGAACCCCUGAUCGACGAUGGUGUUUUAGGGUGGACGAAGUGAAUUGGUCGCACUGGAAUCAGAAUCUUGGUAUCAUUAAUGAGGAUCCUGGGAAGAAUGAUACUUAUCAAUACUAUGGCUUCUCUCAAACUGUGGGGCGUCUCCGGAGAGAUCGGUGGUCUGUAGUGGUCCCUCGAGUGGUGGAGCUAAACAAAGCACCUCACAAUCCUGAUGAUGUUGUAGUUCCUCUUGAUCAAAUGCAGAAUAUGCAUUCAAACUGCCAAAGACAAGGCUACUCAGAGAACUGGAAAAAAGAUGAGACCAACAUCUGACCAGGUGCUCAUCAAACAGCCCCUGGCGUACAAAGACACAACAUAUAGGAGACUGACCGGUCCUACUCCAUCUGUGCUGCUAACCAGUGUCUGGAACUUUGCACAUUUGCACAAAUGCUUAUUUUAUACAAGACUGGAUGAGAUACCACAGUUCCGGAUCUGAACUGUAAACCAAUGUUUUGUUUAAAAGUUAAAAUUAUUUUUUUAAUUGUAAAGGUUUUUAAAAAACAAACAAACAAAAAAACACACGUAACAGUGUCUGAAAAUUAAUAUACUGUACUAUGAAAAGAAACCAGCAUUGUAAUAUCAAAUUCUUCUACUGGAGACAUUUUUUUUGCAUAUUUUACAUAUCACAAUUGUUUUUAACUACCGUUUGGUGUACAUUUCUUGUUUUUUAACUAAUAAUUUUGAUAAAUAUUUAUACAGAGAAAGCGACCAAAAUACCAACUUAACCUUUAAUAUUUAAGAGUAUUAAGAUUCUUGUUGUUACACCGUUUGAUUGGGUAUCCUUCUCUGUAUGUUUUUUUAUAAAUAUUUUAGCUCUCUGCAAUAAGUAACUUAGAAUAUAAUGAAAUUGUCCUCCUAAAUGCCAAAGACAUUGCUUAUACUUAGGUUACUGCUUCCUGGAAUUCCUCACAUGCAAAAGGAUUUGUCAGUUUGUCAGAAUUUAGACUUACAAAGCUAUAAACAAAAGAAACUUUUUUUCCUGAGUUUUGCAAAAGCUAUAAAUGGCAACAACAUGAAGUAAAAAAUUCUAUCAGCAAUCUUUGGCAUUGUUGAUAUAUGAAUAGAUCCGUAAAUUAAUUAUAUGGGUUUCUUAGAGAGUUUUUAAUAACUUAAUUUGUUUUUUUUGUACACACUUGAAAUACCUCAUCUAAAAAAAUUUAUGUACAAAAUGUUUUCAUCUGACAGAAUAGGAUCUAAGUUUGUGGCAAAAUGUUUUUUAAAUUAAAGAUCACUCAUCUCCAUACUGUGGAGGCAGCCAUUUUGUUUGCCAAGCCUCAUUAGCUUGCAGCUUGUAGAUUCACUAGGAACCAGUGUCAACACUGAGAUGCUUUGUUACCAGUAAUCAUGAGCCAAUGGUUCUUAAUGUAUUGAUAGACUGGCACAUUGCUUCUUCUGUUGUGUGGCAGUAAAAUUUGCCCUAUGAAAUGCUAAAGCCAACUCUUUGAGCAAAAUAUGUAUUUAAAGUAUUUAUUCGGUUUAAUUGUACUUUGCUGUUUACAUUACCAUAUCCGCCAGCUCCCCGAUACAUCAAAAAUUGGUCUCCAAUCAUCCCAUGUUAUAUUAAAAACUAGGAUACUCUUUGCAUAUUCCACUUUUAUCUUUCUGUUAAACAGUUAAAUGAACAUGUGCACGUAUCUUGUUAAUGUAGGUAUGUCAGCCAUCUGAGGUAUAGAAAAAUAGUUGUGUGAGAUAGAGAAUUUGAAUGAGAAAAUAAGAAACUCACAUGAUAAUAACAGGUCACAUGGGAGCCCCGGCAAUAAAAAGAUGAGCGGGUUCGGAUUUGUUCGAUUCUUAGUGCCAGAAUUAUCGCAAGUUCUUUUCUCUGACGUCCUAGUGGAUGCUAGG